AUGGAAGCCACUGGUUCAAAGUCUAUUUUCGAUGCAUUCAAAUUGGACCGGUUCGAUGGGAUAAACUUCACUCGCUGGAAGGACAAAUUGUUCUUCCUCCUCACUGAAUUGGGCGUCGCAUAUCUACUGCUGCAUGAUCUGCCUCCAAUUCCUGCACCAACUGAUAAGGAUACUGAUGAGAUCAAAGCAACUCGAAAGAAGCGGGAAGAGGAUGAAGUUCGGUGCAGAGGAUACAUCCUGAAUGCCUUAACUGAUAGAUUAUAUGAUCUCUUCCAUUCAAUCAAAUCUCCACAAGAAAUCUGGAAUGCCUUAGAGAACAAAUAUACAUCUGAAAAACAAGUUUCUAGACUCAAAGAUCUGAAAAUAGAAGUGUCUGAUCCAUUGCAAGUGGUUGUUGUAAUUGCAAAAUUGCCAACCACUUGGAAUGGCUACAGAAAGAAAUUGUUACACACUUAUGAGGAUUUCACCAUAGACCAACUCAUAAAGCAUAUUCGAAUUGAGGAAGAAACUCAAAUUCGUGAAAAUAAAUUUGCUUAUGAGUCUGAUUCUAAUGUUAAUAAUAUUGAGUCUAAGAAAAUAAAAUAUUCUGGAAAAAAAAGAAAGUUUGCUGAAACUUCGUCUGAAACCUUUGCUAACAAAAAGAAAACCAAGACUUGUUACUUCUGUGGAAAGAAAGGUCACUACAAAAAUGAAUGCAGGUUUUUCAAGAGACUAAUGGUGGAGGGAAAUGUUGGACAAAAAACUGAGUGUUUUUGA